AUGCCUGCAAGGGAGCUGCUGGUGGUGGUGGCUGCAAUGGUGACUCUCGUUGCUGCCAGCGGGGCAGAGCUGAAUGAAGGGAAUGGCCUGAGAAGGCCGGUGUGUGAAGACAUGGUUGACCUGCAGGCCUGUCCCCUCCUGUACUUGCCUAUUUGUGGGACCGAUGGGAAUACCUACGCUAAUGAAUGCCAGCUCUGUGUGCAGCAAAUGAAAACCAGGCAAGACAUCCGGAUUUUGAAAGAUGGGGAGUGUCAAGAUGCCUGA